AUGGGGAAUCGGGAGAUGGAGGAGCUCAUCCCUCUGGUGAACCGUCUGCAGGAUGCCUUCUCCGCCCUGGGACAGAGCUGCCUGCUGGAGCUGCCUCAGAUCGCCGUGGUGGGCGGCCAGAGCGCCGGCAAGAGCUCGGUGCUCGAGAACUUCGUGGGCAGGGACUUUCUCCCUCGAGGGUCAGGCAUUGUAACUAGAAGGCCUCUAGUGCUGCAGCUGAUUACUUCCAAAGCAGAAUAUGCUGAAUUUCUACACUGCAAAGGAAAAAAAUUUACAGAUUUUGAUGAAGUUCGCCAUGAGAUUGAAGCUGAAACAGAUCGAGUAACUGGAAUGAAUAAAGGCAUUUCCUCCAUACCCAUUAAUUUACGAGUCUAUUCCCCACAUGUGUUAAAUCUAACCCUGAUUGACCUACCCGGAAUUACUAAAGUGCCCGUGGGAGAUCAGCCUCCAGAUAUUGAGUACCAGAUCAGAGAAAUGAUUAUGCAGUUCAUCACACGGGAGAACUGUCUGAUUCUGGCUGUUACCCCAGCCAACACCGAUCUUGCAAACUCAGAUGCGUUGAAGCUAGCGAAAGAUGUUGAUCCUCAAGGUCUGAGAACUAUUGGAGUCAUCACCAAACUGGAUCUCAUGGAUGAAGGAACAGAUGCCAGGGAUGUUCUAGAGAAUAAGCUGCUGCCACUUCGCAGGGGUUACAUAGGGGUGGUAAACAGGAGCCAGAAGGACAUAGAUGGGAAGAAGGACAUAAAGGCUGCCAUGUUGGCAGAAAGGAAAUUUUUUCUCUCACACCCGGCUUACAGACAUAUUGCUGAUCGGAUGGGGACCCCACACCUUCAGAAGGUCCUUAAUCAGCAACUUACCAACCACAUUCGAGACACCCUGCCCAACUUCAGAAACAAACUUCAGGGCCAGUUGCUGUCCAUAGAACAUGAAGUGGAAGCCUACAAAAACUUCAAGCCAGAGGACCCCACCCGGAAGACCAAAGCAUUGCUGCAGAUGGUUCAACAAUUUGCUGUGGAUUUUGAGAAGAGAAUUGAAGGGUCAGGGGAUCAAGUAGACACUCUGGAACUCUCAGGGGGUGCUAAAAUCAAUCGUAUAUUCCAUGAACGCUUUCCUUUUGAGAUAGUAAAGAUGGAGUUCAAUGAGAAAGAAUUGCGAAGAGAAAUAAGCUAUGCAAUCAAAAACAUACAUGGUAUCAGGACAGGGUUGUUUACUCCAGAUAUGGCAUUUGAAGCAAUAGUCAAAAAACAAAUUGUAAAGCUGAAGGGGCCCUCCUUGAAGAGUGUAGAUCUGGUAAUACAAGAAUUAAUCAACACUGUCAAGAAGUGUACCAAAAAGUUGGCAAACUUCCCCAGACUCUGUGAGGAAACGGAAAGGAUUGUUGCUAACCACAUUCGUGAGCGAGAAGGGAAGACAAAGGACCAGGUACUGCUGUUGAUCGACAUCCAAGUCUCCUACAUCAAUACCAACCAUGAAGAUUUCAUUGGCUUUGCAAAUGCUCAGCAGAGAAGCAGUCAGGUUCACAAGAAAAACACAAUUGGAAAUCAGGGAACCAAUCUUCCGCCUUCAAGGCAAAUUGUGAUUCGCAAGGGAUGGCUAACCAUCAGCAACAUUGGCAUCAUGAAAGGAGGCUCUAAGGGAUACUGGUUUGUCCUUACUGCUGAGAGUUUGUCCUGGUACAAAGAUGAUGAGGAAAAAGAAAAGAAGUAUAUGCUUCCCUUGGACAACCUGAAAGUUCGGGAUGUGGAAAAAAGCUUUAUGUCUAGCAAGCACAUCUUUGCACUCUUUAAUACAGAACAAAGGAAUGUAUACAAAGACUACCGCUUCCUUGAGCUGGCAUGUGAUUCACAGGAGGAUGUAGACAGCUGGAAGGCAUCUUUACUGAGAGCUGGAGUUUAUCCUGAUAAAUCUUUAGGGAACAACAAAACUGAAAAUGAUGAGAAUGGCCAAGCAGAAAACUUUUCUAUGGACCCACAGUUGGAGAGACAAGUGGAGACCAUUCGCAACCUUGUAGACUCUUAUAUGUCUAUUAUCAACAAAUGUAUCCGAGACCUAAUCCCAAAAACAAUAAUGCACCUUAUGAUCAAUAAUGUUAAAGAUUUCAUAAAUUCCGAGCUCCUAGCACAGUUAUAUUCUUCAGAGGACCAAAAUACCCUGAUGGAAGAAUCUGCAGAGCAGGCUCAGCGCCGGGACGAGAUGCUUCGAAUGUACCAGGCCCUUAAAGAAGCCCUCGUGGUCAUCGGUGACAUCAACACGGCCACGACGUUCACACCCGCACCACCACCUGUGGACGACUCCUGGAUCCAGCAUUCCCGCAGGUCACCCCCUCCAAGCCCCACCACCCAGAGGAGGCCAACGCUGAGUGCACCUCUCCCGCGACCCACGUCUGGCCGGGGACCCGCACCCGCCAUCCCCUCCCCGGGACCCCACUCAGGGGCGCCGCCAGUGCCAUUCCGGCCAGGCCCAUUACCUCCUUUCCCCAACAGCAGUGACUCAUUCGGGACACCUCCGCAGGUUCCAUCUCGGCCCACUAGGGCCCCUCCCAGCGUCCCGAGGCGACCCCCUCCUGCAGUUCCUGGACGACCAUCCUAACCCCCAUCAUUCAUCUCCUUUUGUGUCCGAC